UACUAUCUUGUGAGCACCAACUCGAACCUCUCCCGACCACAUCACUACCAACAUCCAUUGCUGGAUCAUUUCAUCUAUUCAAACAUGAGUCUCGCGGAUCAACUCUCCACCUUCUACAACGACUUUCAGCAGAAAGCGCCUGCAAGCAUCACAAAGCCAAUCAAAACCGCCAAUGCAGAUUUUGCGGCCUCGUACCAACCGGCCUCCGCCAUCCAAGUUGGUGACACUAUUCCCGAGUUCGCCCUGAGCGAUGCAGUGGGCAACGAGGUGACCAGCGCCAGCCUCCUUGCUAAGGGGCCGUUGCUUAUAACCUUCUAUCGUGGCGAGUGGUGUCCGUUCUGCAACCUUGCACUGGUAGCCAUGCAGAAGCAUCUCGACGAGUUCAAAGCCAAAGGUGUAACGCUGGUGGCCAUCUCACCCGAGCUUCCAAACCAGUCUCUGUCAACGACCGAGAAACACGCCCUCAAAUUCCCCGUCCUCUCUGAUGUGGGUAACAAACUCGCAAAACAAUUAGGGAUUCUCUUCGCCCAGCCUGACAUCUUGCGCCCUGUUUUCGAAAAUCUUGGAAACAAUUUGAAGGAGCGGAAUGGAGAUGAUUCGUUUGAGCUUCCCGUACCUGCUACUUUAUUGGUGGAUGAGAAAGGAGUCGUCCGAAAUACCUUCAUUGAUCCCGAUUAUACGAAGAGACUUGAACCGUCGACGGCGUUGGAAUGGAUCGAUCAAUUGCGGGGAUAGAGACUCUUUCAACGGACGUCCAAAAUAGGCAGAUAAGUGAUAUGUGAAGCAGCUGCAUCAUUUCUAGCUCACUUCUUGAAGUGAUCGACCCAGUAUUGAUCAU